GUGGAUAAGUGGAAGGUUUGAUGAGUUGAGCCUUGUUUUCCAAAACGUGUCUGUGCUUGAGUUGCACUCUGCUCCCGCUGUGUUUGUGUGUAUGUAGGAGACUGUGUGCACGUUGGUCCCUUUCAUGCUUGUUUGGCUCAGGGGGAGUGGUUAAGUUUGACGUCACUCACUACGGAGUGUCACACCAUUCUCAACACAAAGUGACUUCCUCUUUAGCAGCACAUUCAUACAGCAACAGUUUUCUUUCAGGCAGUAUGCUGAGAAGGACUCUGACUUUAACCAGCACUGAAACUCGUCUUGGACUACACCUUUUAGAAUGUUGUAUCUUCUUAAGUGUUUAAUUUUGAACUCCUCAGCCUUUAUGGCUUGAAACCAGUAUUUAUUUUAAAGGAUAAAAGGAGCUUUGGGUGUUUUUUUUACCCGUUACGUAGGAAAUGCCUACGGUCAGUAGGUAUAUGAGUUUCCGUUCAUCUAAGCGAUUUAAAACGACCAGCAGCUACCCAGUAGACGGCAGCGGUGGCGGGCUGCCAGACAAAGUGAAGAAAAGCAGGAGUAGCUCGAGCAAUGGCAGCAUCAAGAAGAUGGAGACGAAGAAAGCCCUUAGCCUGGAGGCAGCCCAGAUGGAGAUCAACAAACAGCACAAAACCCUCCUCAGACAAGUAGCCGUCAGAUCGCAGACGUUCGAUGUCGACAACAGAGGCUUCGAGAAGACUGAAGGCACGGGCACACAAAGUAGUUUUAUUAAGCACAACAAGACAUUCCACAAGUUGUUUCCUCACAUUCCUGAGAGUGAAGACUUGAUACAUGCAUACAUCUGUGCCCUGCAAAAGGAAGUGCCCUACCAUGGUCGACUGUACAUCACAGACACCCAUGCCUGUUUCUACUCUUCAGUCUUACUCAAGGACACAAAGGUAGUGAUUCCAGUUUCCUGCAUUCACAUAGUGAAGAAGCAGAACACAGCUCUACUGGUGCCCAACGCCUUGUCCAUCCGCACCAGUGAAAGAGACAAGUACUUGUUCGUGUCGCUGCGGAACAGAGAAUCAUGUUACCAGCUGCUGCGAUCAGUCUGUCCUCAGAUAGAGGACGGUAGCACAAAUAGUAGCCCCAUCUUCUCCUCAGCUGAGACCAGCUUUGAUAAGAGCAAACUUGUGAACUCCAGUCUGUCAAGUCUGGAUGAUGGCUUCGACCAGUUUGAUGGUUCUGUGUCUCAGUCUUUACCUGACCAGCCUCUGUAUAAACCAUACCCAGAGGCCGUGCCUAAUGGAAAUGGCUCUGCAUUCAGGAGCGUGCACAUGCAGCAGAGUGAUAGCUCGUCUUCAGAGGAGCUGUCAGUGUCAGGUUCAGGUGGAUCAUGGGUUUGGACUAUGACAGAAAAGGCCAAGUGCCUGCUGGUUCAGAGAGAGGCCAGCACCCUCAACACUCUACUCUUCAUUUACUUGAUUUUGGUUGUGCUGCUGCUGCUGUCCUCAGGCUACAUCGGUUUGCGUAUCGUGGCUCUGGAGGAACAGCUGACUUCCCUCGGGGCGCUGCCGGAGUUCACUUUACAGAGCAGGUCCCGCCAAGACACAUAACACUCAGCGACUGAAGGAGAGAUUGGUUGACUUAUGACUGGAGGACACUUUGGCCUUUCCCCAGCAGAACCCAGCGGGAGAACUCCAAUGUACUCGCACUAUUCUUCCAACACGGCCUGUCCUGCUGGCUCGAGGAAGAGUGGCCGACCCGUGCAAUUCCCAAGACGACUUGUCAACUUGAAGGGCUAAACUGGCUCCUGCUGCAGUAAACACAAGAGAACGUGCAGCGACUUGAGUCCCACCGAACCAAACACAUACACACACUGCCUGGCUGCAGCGUGUCUGUCAUUCAUACCAAAGCCGGUUUUUAAUUUAGCAUGGUGCCACACUAGCCAAGUUUGAGGGGAACUUUCCUGACAGAAACUGUUUCACAUCUGGGAACUUGUGUAGCUCUUUGUCCUUCAUAGGUUCUCUUCACCUUGAGCAUGCAGUCUGAACAGGGCUAUACCAGUCAGCAUUAGCCCGUUGUAGCGCUUAGUUUUGCACCUCCACAGAGGAGCCAUAGUGCUAUGCGUAGCCAAAGAUGCACACAGUGCACAUCUAUUGCAUGAGUGCACAGAGAUGACUUGACUUUCUGUUUCCUAUUAUCUUAUUUAACUUUCCAUCUAUCAUCAGUAUAACUCUCUGUUUGGAAUUGGGUACUUCUCUUCGACUGGCUCUUAAUCAGCUGUGGGUUGAAAUGUUAGAAACAGACAUUUCUAAUUGGGGUCAACCUGCAGAGGCUGGGUUCUCUCCUGAUGGUCUUCCCCUCUCUCUCUUUCACCAAUCAGCAAUGAUUGCAGUAUUAGUUUCCUCAUCGUUGGCAUGAUUUAAAUGUAUUUAGUGAUCAAUGCUGAGAGGUAAUUCUUUUCUCCAGUCUCUACUGGACGAAUGCAUCAUCAGUGCACCAAUAUUUCGUACAACAGGCCACGAGGAGGUCGUCUCAGAUGCAACGAUGUGUUUUGGUGUACGACUUUUCUACGACUUUGGUCUUUUAAAAGGUAGACGUGAAGACGUCUGUUCAUGUCCUGUCUGCCAUGACUCGGUAACCAUGUUGUGUUCAAGUACAAACCUCUCUUUUGGACAGGCCUCUUGAGGACCAAGUGGCCAUUCUAGAAUUAUCAGAUUAUUUAUAGUAGCACCAAUAAUUUAUUUCUGAUGUUCAUGCAUGUGUCUUCAAUAUCGACACUUGACUGAAAGUGUUGGUACGUUCUCGCUCUCGUCACCGAGAGGAGGAUUUACAACCGCACCUGCUGCAAGGUCCAAGUUUUCAUCAGCAAAAAAACGAGUGGUCCCAAAAAGAAAUUUCAAUAUGCAACAAAUGAUUAUGCAUGGCAAAAUGUUAUUUAACUGUGUGUCGUUUUUAAAUGGAGCUUGAUGUAAUUGGGGAUAAAUUGUGCAAGAAGAAGGAAAAAGAAACAAACCAACGUGAGCGAAAGUAACGGCUCAAGCGAGCGAGCGCACUUUAUAAAAAAAAAAAAUUAUUGUGUUGUGCCUGUCACUGUCCAUGAUGGCGUGUGUGGAAUAAGAAGAAAUGGCAACGCUGGCGUUCUGUGGUGUCUGACGGUGCUAAGACCUUUUUUAAAUAGUUUUCACUCAGGGGUGGUGGGCACUACCUGCCGUGUGGUUUUAGGUUGUCAUCUCCUCCUUUUGCCGUUUCCAUGUGCGGUGCUCAUGAUGUGGCUCACACUCCAAAUGGGCUGUGGUGGUUUCUCAAACGUCUCUUUUUAAGAAAAGACACUUUAUUUGAUUUGA